UCCUUAAAAGAACAAAGACAUAUUAGAGAAACUUUUUUUUCGAGUUAUAAAGUCUAUUUAUUUUUUAAAUAACAAAUAGUUUUAAGUAUUUCAAAGACUAUUAAUUUACCUUAGAACUAAACAAUGCGACCACGUUUAAUUAUUCUUGUUCGACAUGGUCAAUCAGAAGCUAAUGUUGACAUUUCUAUUCAUCGUACAAUUCCCGAUCACAAAAUUAAGUUGACACAAUUGGGAGUGGAACAAGCUAUUAAAGCCGGGAGCCGUCUUAAUGAAUUGCUUAAACCUGAAGAUACUGUUCAAUUUUAUGUUAGUCCUUACUUGAGAACUAGACAAACGUUUGAAUGUAUGUCUAAAGCAUUAGAUAAGGGAAGGUGGAGAGAUUAUGAAGAACCAAGAUUAAGAGAACAAGACUGGGGAAAUUUUCAAGGACCACCAGAGGAAAUGGCAAGGAUCAAAAUGGAAAGAGCAUCUUACGGUCAUUUCUUUUAUCGUAUACCGAACGGCGAAAGCGGUGCAGACGUAUAUGAUAGGAUAUCUACUUUCCAAGAGACCCUACAUCGUGCUUUCGCUUCUCCUAACUUUCCUUCUGUUCUGGUAAUUGUCACUCAUGGAUUGCUAUCAAGAUUAUUUGUAAUGCGUUGGUUUCAUUGGUCUGUUGAAGAAUUUGAAUCGUUAGAAAAUUUGCGCUGUUGUGAGUUUGUAAUCAUGGAAAAAAAUGAAGAAACAAAUAAGUACAAGUUGAAGACAAAAUUUAGAAAGUGGAGUAAUUUUGAGUCUCCCGGACAUUUUGAUGAUGAGGAUGAUGAAGGUAAUAAUAAAUACUUAACUCCGAAUGGAAAAAGAUUUUUAAAUGGACAUUCGAGAAGUUAUAGUGCUGACACGGGAGGAGAAUUCAGCAGUGAGGAUGUUAUGGGUGAUUCAUCAGAAUCGGAUGAGAGAAGUGUGAAUUCAUCGUCAAUUAGUAUAAAUGAAGAGAUUAUAUUGAAAACUGAAGUAAUUGAAGUCGAUAACAAAUAGACUUUUAUUUAUUAAUUACUCAUCAUACAAUCAUUUUUAAA